AUGAUUAGCGUUCCAAUGUGCGCACGCACACAGCAAGAAGAAAUAGCAAAAAGAAAGUCAUCAGGAGAUUUACUUACCUGGGAAGACCUUGCUAAGAUGAAGUAUACCUGGAAAGCGGCAAUGGAGACACCGAGGAUGGUUCCUCCAGUCUUUGGAGGAUUCAGGAAGACCCUGGAGGACAUAGAAUAUGGUGGAUACCAAAUUCCAGAAGGAUGGCAAAUAUUCUGGGUUGCAAGCAUGACUCACAUGGAUGCUGAUAUAUUCCAAGAACCAUCAAAAUUCAAUCCAGCAAGGUUUGAGAACCCAGCAGACACACCGCCUCACUCCUACAUUCCAUUUGGAGGGGGGGCUCGUAUCUGCCCGGGAUAUGAGUUUGCAAGGAUUGAAACCUUGGUCUCAAUUCAUUAUCUGGUCACUCGAUUUGCAUGGAAUUUAUGCAGUAAGGAUGACAAAUUUAGCAGGGACCCAAUGCCAGUGCCUACUCAGGAAGUUCCAAUCCAAAUUAUGCCAAAGAAACUGGAUAAAGUUUGA